AUGAACAAUUCGGAGGAAGUGUACAACUUUAGAACAUGGCCCAAUACAGUUGCUUCAAUUUUAAUGACUAUUAAUGUCAUUUUUGGAAUUUUGUUGAGUAGUUCGAUUGUCUUUAUAUAUCUAGUUGAUCAUAAUGAAAAAACUUCCUUCAAUUUAAUGUGUGCAAUGCGAGCUUUCAAUAAUAUUAUGGUUAUGAUUACUUCAUUUGUUCUUGUCUACAUUCCAACAACUAUUUUGGGAUACAACUUAUUACCAGCAUGGCUUGAAUCCAUUUUGAUUUGUUCCAGCAUCAAUUUUUACAUGUAUAAUGAAUUUCAAAGUAUUUAUAUCUCGAUAAAUCGUUUCAUUGCAAUUUAUUUUCCACAUCAUUAUAAUAAACUUUGUGGAUAUACUGCAACCGCUUUUAUAAGUACCUUAUUGUAUGCUGAUCGAUUGCGUAACAUUUCUAUUGAAACUUAUCUUCGAACUAGCAAACAACAAUUUAUAAUAUAUUCUUCUCAAUAUUUAAUGUUCUCUUCAAUGGAUGUUUCCGGUGGUGGAAUCGUUAUAAUGGGUGCCCUAAUGUUUGGUAUAGCGUUAUUCGCCAAUUUAAUGACAUUUAUCAGAAUAUCGUUAUUUUACUUGAAAUCAAGUAUGAGAGAUAGUCGUGAAAGCCGAGGAAGUGUAAGGAAAAAUAUGAAACUAUUCUUCCAAACUGUAAUUCAAGAUGUUUUAUUUUUUAUUGAUAACUUGUUUACUUUCAUUUUACUAACCUUGAUCGAACAUCGUUUUUGGUAUUUUAUUUGUGCAACCUUUGUCUGGCAAACAAUGCAUGUAAUUGAUGGAUUUGUCAUGAUAAUGUUCAACGACCGAUUAAGUUUUCUGAAAAUUACACUUUUUGCAAGUUCACCAACACAAUUGAGUGUAGUAGAAGUUAGUUCGCAAAGAUCACCGGCAAGAAGAGCACCAAUAGUAAUUGUGAGCUGA